UCACUGAAGACGCUGAAACUGCAGACCGAGGGUAGACACGGAGCUUUGUGCCGAAAGUAAACCCUGACUUGUGUCAGGCUAAUGAAUUAAAACGGCCCAGUUUGCGAGAGGCCAGUAGAAGACCAUCUGGAUUUACGUUGACAAGCAUGGAGUUCCCUCAACAGCAGAAACCGGCGGGGGACGGCAAGAUUACCUAUCCGCCUGGGGUUAAGGAGAUCACGGACAAGAUCACCAAUGAUGAGGUGGUCAAACGGUUGAAGAUGGUGGUGAAGACCUACAUGGACAUGGACCAGGACUCGGAGGAGGAGAAGCAGCGCUACCUGGCCCUGGCCCUGCACCUGGCAUCAGAGUCUUUCCUCCGGAACCCCAACAAGGACGUGCGUCUGCUGGUGGCCUGCUGCCUGGCCGACAUCUUCAGGAUCUACGCCCCCGAGGCCCCCUACACCUCCCACGACAAGCUCAAGGACAUCUUCUUGUUCAUCACCAGACAGCUGAAGGGGCUGGAGGACACUAAGAGCCCACAGUUCAACAGAUACUUUUACCUGCUGGAGAACCUGGCGUGGGUGAAGUCCUACAACAUCUGCUUUGAGCUUGAGGACUGUAACGAGAUCUUCAUCCAGCUCUUCAAAACCCUCUUUUCUGUCAUCAAUAACAGCCAUAACCAGAAGGUGCAGAUGCACAUGCUUGACCUGAUGAGCUCUAUCAUCAUGGAGGGAGAUGGAGUCACCCAGGAACUCUUGGACACCAUCCUCAUCAACCUGAUCCCUGCUCACAAGAACCUGAACAAGCAGGCGUAUGACCUGGCAAAGACUCUGUUGAAGAGGACUGUCCAGAACAUAGAGACCUGCAUCGCCAACUUCUUUAACCAGGUUCUGGUGAUGGGCAGGUCUUCAGUGAGUGACCUGUCUGAACACGUGUUUGAUCUGAUCCAGGAGCUGUUCUGCAUCGACCCCCUGCUGCUUACCUCCGUCAUGCCCCAGCUCGAGUUCAAGCUUAAGAGCAAUGAUGGGGAGGAGCGUCUGGCUGUGGUUCGUCUGCUUGCCAAGCUGUUCGGAGCCAAAGACUCAGAACUGGCCACUCACAACAGACCUCUCUGGCAGUGCUUCCUGGGACGGUUUAAUGACAUCCAUGUCCCAGUAAGACUGGAGAGUGUGAAGUUCGCCAGCCACUGUCUCAUGAACCACCCAGACCUGGCCCGGGACCUCACAGAGUUCCUGAAGGUGCGUUCCCACGACCCUGAGGAGGCGAUCCGCCACGACGUCAUCGUCACCAUCAUCAACGCCGGCAAGAAGGACCUGAACCUGGUGAACGACCAGCUGCUGGGCUUUGUACGGGAACGCACCCUGGACAAGAGGUGGAGGGUUCGUAAGGAGGCCAUGAUGGGCCUGGCUCAGCUGUAUAAGAAGUACUGUCUGCACCACGAGGCAGGAAAGGACCAGGCCCAGAAGAUCUCCUGGAUCAAAGACAAGCUACUCCACAUUUACUAUCAGAACAGCAUCGACGACAAGCUGCUGGUAGAGAAGAUAUUUGCUCAGUACAUGGUUCCUCACAGUCUGGAUACGGAGGAGAAGAUGAAGUGUCUUUACUACCUGUAUGCCUGCUUGGACACAAACGCUGUCAAGGCUCUGAAUGAAAUGUGGAAGUGUCAGAACAUGCUCCGAGGGCUCGUCAGAGAGCUCCUGGACCUUCACAAGCUUCCUGUGUCUGAGGCCAACAACACAGCCAUGUUUGGGAAGCUGAUGACCAUCGCCAAGAACCUUCCGGAUGCUGGCAAGGCCCAGGACUUCAUGAAGAAGUUCAACCAGGUUCUGGGAGAAGACGAGAAGCUGCGCCUGCAGCUGGACACACUCAUCAGCCCCACCUGCUCCUGCAAGCAGGCUGAGAUCUGUGUGAGGGAGAUCACCCGUAAGCUGACCUUCCCUAAGCAGCCCACCAACCCCUUCCUGGAGAUGGUGAAGUUCCUGCUGGAGCGCAUUGCCCCUGUCCACAUCGACUCAGAGGCUAUCAGCGCGUUGGUGAAGCUUCUUAACAAGUCCAUUGAGGGAACAGCUGAUGAUGACGAGGAGGGCGUCACCCAGGAUACCGCCAUCCGCUCUGGACUGGAACUGCUGAAGGUUCUGUCAUUCACCCAUCCCACAGCGUUCCACUCUGCUGAGACCUACGAGUCUCUGCUGCAGUGCCUGAAGAUGGAGGACGACAAGGUGGCGGAGGCAGCCAUCCAGAUCUUCAGGAACACGGGCCAGAAGAUAGAGACUGAGCUUCAGCAGAUCAGAUCUACUCUGAUCCCCGUGCUGCACCAGAAGGCCAAGCGGGGGACUCCCCACCAGGCUAAGCAGGCCGUGCACUGCAUCCACGCCAUCUUCAAUAACAAGGAGGUGCAGCUGGCGCAGAUCUUUGAGCCCCUGUCCCGGAGCCUGAAUGCUGACGUCCCGGAACAGCUCAUCACACCGCUGGUGUCUCUGGGGCACAUCUCCAUGCUGGCUCCAGACCAGUUUGCCUCACCCAUGAAGUCCAUCGUUGCCAACUUCAUCGUCAAAGACCUGCUGAUGAAUGACAGGUCUUUGGGGAACAAGAACGGGAAACUGUGGACAGCAGAUGAUGAAGUCUCACCAGAGGUCCUAGCCAAGGUUCAGGCUGUUAAGCUGCUGGUGCGCUGGUUGCUGGGGAUGAAGAACAACCAGUCCAAGUCUGCAAACUCCACCCUCCGCCUUCUGUCUGCCAUGCUGGUCAGCGAGGGAGACCUCACCGAACAGAAGAAGAUCAGUAAAUCAGACAUGUCGCGCCUAAGGCUGGCUGCAGGCGGAGCCAUCAUGAAACUGGCGCAGGAGCCCUGUUACCAUGACAUCAUCACCCCAGAGCAGUUCCAGCUCUGCGGCCUUGUCAUUAAUGAUGAGUGCUACCAGGUGCGUCAGAUUUUUGCCCAGAAGCUGCACCUGGCCCUGGUGAGGCUGCUGCUUCCUCUGCAGUACCUGGCCGUGUUCUCGCUGUGUGCAAAGGACCCUGUGAAGGAGCGCCGAGCCCACGCACGCCAGUGUCUGCUGAAGAACAUCACUGUCCGUAGAGAGUACCUCAAGCAGAACCCACUCGCUCACGAGAAGCUGGUUUCCCUACUCCCUGAGUAUGUUGUUCCCUACAUGAUCCACCUGCUGGCUCAUGACCCAGACUUCACCAAGCCCCAGGACUACGAGCAGCUAAGGGACAUCAAGGAGUGUUUGUGGUUUAUGCUGGAGGUACUGAUGACUAAGAAUGAGAACAACAGCCAUGCCUUCCUGAGGAAGAUGGUGGAGAACAUCAAACAUACCAAGGAUGCUGAAAACCCUGACGACCCCAAAGCCAAUGAGAAGCUGUACAUCGUGUGUGAUGUGGCUCUGUUCGUCAUCGUCAACAAGAGCACCGCCUGUCACCUGGAGGCUCCCAAAGACCCCAUCCUGCCUGCCAACUUCUUCCUGCCCCAGGACAAGGAGUUUGUGAACGAUAAGGACUACCUGACCUCAGACAUCAGGCAGAUGCUGCUCACAGGAAAGCCCAAGCCCAGCCCUGUGCUGGCAGCAGUGAACAAACCCCUGACGGUGCCUGGCAGGAGAGUGUACACCAAGACCUCUGACCCAGCCAGCAACACCAACUCUCCCCAGCCCAGCUCCCCCGCCCUCAAGACCAGGGAAGCUGGGGUGGAGUCGUCGGAGAGCGGAGCGAGGGAGAACGAGGAGAACCCCGUCAUCAAGCCUCAGGAGGAGAAGAAGGUGGAGGUGGCCCAGAAGGUGACCUCUGACCCCACAACAGGAGCGUCUCCCGCCAAACGUCGUGGUCGACCACCCAAGUCCACCGCCACGGCACCAUCUCCCCUGGCAUCAGAGAAAGAGGGUGGGGCUGGGGCUGGCGCCGGGGGAGGGGCCGGGAGAGGCAGGAAGAGGGCUGUGCCCAGCCAAGACCCCGCCUCUGACCCUGCAGUUGAGCCAAUUAACAUCAAGAUACCAAAACAGCAGCAGCAGAGAGAGGACGGGACAAAGAGACAAAUAGACCUGCAGAGGUGAGAUACACUAUAAACUAUAAUAUACACUACACACUGGUAGACCUGCAGAGGUGAGAUACACUAUAAACUAUAAUAUACACUACACACUGGUAGAUCUGCUGAGGUGAGAGGAGCAAGAGCAUACUAUACACUACACACUGGUAGACCUGCAGAGGUGAGAUACACUAUAAACUAUAAUAUACACUACACACUGGUAGAUCUGCUGAGGUGAGAGGAGCAAGAGCAUACUAUACACUGCACACUAUAAACUAUAAUAUACACCAUAUACUAUACAUUGCACAAUAUAAACAGCAAAUGUUUACUCCUCGACAGGUCUGCAAACGCCUUUGUAAACCGAGAUUUGUUAAAACGUUUGUUAACCGAGACCAUAUGUCGAGGUUUACAAACAAAUCGUUUUAACAAAUCGAGGAGACAAAGCGUUUGCUGACCUGUCAAAGUAAACAUUUGGUUUCUUAUAUCCUACAACAAUACGUGGGAAGAUCCCUAUCAAACACGUCGAAUCUGGAGCAGACGCCAUGUUGUCAGAGUUCAAGUUCGUCUUUUAUUUGUCAG